AACCAACCUGGAACAACUUCGGCGUUUCCCGAUAACUGUAGGAUUGCGCAAUGACUUCCACCAGUUCGCGGAGCUCGUCGACCAUCACGGCGACGAGGCUGGCAAACCAGCCACCACUACAGCCACCACCACCUAAUCCGUCUAGCCGAUUCCCAGUCACACCAGCUGUAUUACGCUCCAUAUUCACAUCCUCGCGUACACCUCACGAGGAGAGAUCCAUAUCUCGCGUUGCAUUUUUCAGGUUCGCCGGCUUUCUGCUCAGUUGCGUCUGCAUCAGCCUCGCUGCUGCCAGAGGAAGGGGGAUGAAAGGAAGUGCCGGUCUUCUAGGAGUUGUGUGACGGGACGUCAAUGCGAAGUCUCAGAUCUCAACUCAGACUUGGCUCAAAGUCAGAACUUG